UGUUCUUUUGUGUCUCUAGGGUACAUGAAUUCUUCAGUUAAGUCUCUGCUGGAAAAAAUAUGGAUGGUGAUGAUAACUUGGACCUGCUAGCCUCCCUGUUAGAGGAGAAUGAGGCAGGCGUGGGGCUGGAGUGUGAGGAGAAUGGUGUUAAUGUGGCUGCAGAUGGAGAACCAGAUUAUUAUAAUGAGCUGUUUGAUGCAGAAGAUGAUGAAUCCUAUACCGAGGAAGUGGAAGCUGAUGAGGGAGAGUCCAGUAGCUGCAAAGAAAAUCUGUCUGAGUUGUUUGGAGAUGUGGGUGACCUGUCGGAGGAAGAGGAGGAGAAAACUGUGCAGGAAACGUCUCAUUCUCUAGCUGAAAAGGAGAAGACCAAUCAACAUCUGCAAGAUGAACUGAGGAAAUUGCAGGAACAGAUGAAGACACUCCAGGAGCAACUGCAAAAGACAGCAAUAGGGCAGCCUGCUAACAUGGCCCCUAGCAAGAAAAGUUCUGGUACGUCUCCUGCUGCCCCCUUAAAGCAAAGAAAGCUUCAUGAGUCACCUUGUUUCUCAGCCCAGCUCAGCUGUCCUGCAUUGACCCCAAACACAGGCCAGGGCCAGAAGCUGAAACCUUUGCUGUCAGAGAAUAAAAGACAUGCUGCAAAACCAGCUUCAGGUUUGUCGCCUCAGCCUCUGAAGACCAUGACUGGGAACACACCUGAUUUGGGCACCAGUCAGAGAUCGCAAGGGCCAAAGAAUGCCGGUGUGAAUAGUCAAGAAGUCUCCUUUGAAACCUUCUCUGGACUGAGGCUAAGAAAACCCCGUGUAUCCUCUGUUGAGAUGGAAAGAAAAAUGACAGGCCGAAAGUUUAUUAGACUUUCUCAAUUGCAAGACAAGCUUGCUUCAUUAAACCUUGAGGAAACAGACUGGGUAACGUUUGGAGUCAUCAUAAAGAAAGCCACGCCUCAGAGCUCCAAUAAUGGUAGAACCUUCAGCAUCUGGCGCUUGAAUGACCUGCGUGACUUCAGCCGCUGCGUCUCAUUGUUUCUGUUUGGUGAUGUUCACAAAGAUCACUGGAAGACAGAGCAAGGCACGGUCAUAGGACUACUCAAUGCUAAUCUCAUGAAACCAAGAGAAGGAUCAGACGAGGUGUGUGUGUCUGUCGAUCAUCCCCAGAAGAUCUUACUUCUGGGUGAGGCCAUGGACUUGGGAACCUGUAAAGCGAGGAAGAAAAAUGGCGAGCCCUGUGCACAGAUGGUUAACCUGAAUGAAUGUGAAUAUUGCCAGUAUCAUGUCCAGUCCCAGUACCGGCGGCUCAGUUCAAAGCGGGCGGACCUGCAGUCUACCUUCUCAGAUUCCCGAGCUCCAAAAAGGAGAGCAAAGAAGAGCCUUGGCUUGAAAGAGAGGCUUUGUCAGGAUGGCUUUUACUACGGCGGGGUUUCCUCAGCUGCUUAUGCAGCUUCAGCCGCAGCAGCAGCCGCUCCAAAGAAGAAAAUCCAAACAACUCUGUCCAAUUUGGUUGUAAGGGGAGUUGAUGCAAUUCUGCAGGAGACCAAGCAGAAACUGGGUUUGCCAAAACAACCUUUGCCAUGUUCAGAGGAAUUCAAAGAACUAUUGUCAAUGCCCUCUUUUGGAGCAAGGAACCUGAAUAAACACCUGGCCAAAGCCAGUGCAUCAGUAUCUGUUGGGAAUCAAAAUCCAGCAUUCCAGUCCAUCUCUGCUUCAGCACUGAUUAAGCAACAGAAGCAGCAAAUGCUGGAAGCCAGGAAAAGGAAGUCUGAAGAGAUGCAGAAGAGGUUUCUUCAAAACACAAGUCAUGCAACUGUGGCGGCAAUGCCACCUUCCUCAGGACCAGCGGUGCUGCGCUCUCCAACUCCCGGGGCAGAGUUUCCCAAAGCUGCCAAACUGUCGAGCCCCCAAAUUCCGAGACUUGGCACAGGCUUCUCUGAAGGAGACGAUGUUCUCUUCUUCGAUAGUUUGCCUCCUCCAGUGCCCAAACUGAAUGGCUUGGCAGAAGCUAAAAAGAUGGCAGCUAUAAAUAAACUACGUGCAAAAGGCCGGAUCCUUGCCAAAGUGGACCCAAACAGCAUAAAAAGAAAACGAUCCAGUCUUGACAUUCUGGAGAUUUCUGAGAGAGCUGAGAAAGACAUCGCUCUGUCCCAAGAUGUUGAUGGUGCAGAACCUGCCGGAAAGAAACUACGCCAGCAGCUUGCGUACUUGGAGUCUGAUGAAUUUCAAGAGAUCUUGAAUGCUAGAUCCAAACACACAGGUGUCCUUAAGGAGUUUGAGGCUGAGCAGCAGGAACGCUAUUUUGAGCCUCUGGUGAAGAAGGAGCAAAUGGAAGAUAAAAUGCGGAGCAUCCGAGAAGUGAAAUGCCGUGUUGCAACAUGCAAGUCGUGCAAGUAUACCUAUUUCAAGCUCCUGGAUUCAUGUGUGGAACAAAAGCAUGACUAUCACUGGCAUGAUGGUGUAAAACGAUUUUUCAAGUGUCAGUGUGGAAAUAGAGCCAUAUCUCUUGACAAGCUGCCAAAAAAACACUGCAGCAAUUGUGGUCUCUUUAAAUGGGAACGGGAUGGAAUGCUCAAGGAGAAGAAAGGUCCCAAGAUUGGUGCAGAAACUCUUUUACCAAGAGGGGAAGAACAACCUCGAUUCCUCAGCAGUAUAAAAAUAGCUAUGAAAAGUUCUUUCUCUCCUUUACACUUGCCUUUUGAAUUUAUCUCUCAUAUCUGGUAAGGUGCAAGUAGCUCUGCGUUUCAGAAUGAAUGAGGAGUUCCUUCUGAAAGACACAGACUGCAGCAGUAGUAACCCCACUUACCUGGCAGUAAGCCCCAUUGAAUUCAGUGAGGCAGAUGUGGUAUGAUUCAGCCCUAGAGACCCCCAACCAUCUUUCCUUCAUGGAGUCUGAACGAUCCUUUGCUUUGGCUGGCUGUGCUCAGUCUGUAAUGUGGAAUGGGUGAACCCGGUCAUUCUUCAGGAUUUGCUUGUCACUUGAUGUCAGAGAGAGAGCUAUUUUCUUAGACUGCGCGUUAGACAUACAUUUUCAAGGGAUUAGAGGGUGCUUCUUUGAAACUGCAGUUUCUGCUAAUCUAGCUGUAGCCCAAUUCAGCUCUAUUAUCUGACACUACCUCAGAAGUGCCACAAGAAAUAUUGACCAGGACUAGGCCCAGGUCCAGAGAGUGAUAUCAGCAUUAAAUAGCCCUUUUUCUUUCUAGAACUUACACCAAACUGUGUGACUGUUUAUAUAUUUGUAAUAUGCUCUCCACACUAAUGUAUUUCCCCAAAUACCCACCUAGAAUAAUUUUCCUAUUAAGGGGAAAGUAGUUUGUGUGAUUUUUAAUGAGGCAAGUUACCUUGUUUUUAUUGCCUUUGCUUUUAAAACUUUUUUAUCUAGCUUACCAUUUUAAUUUUUUUCUAAAUUUGGGUCUGGAAUCUUUUAUCAAUAGUUUAGAGGGUACAGGCUGUUUCAGACUGUGAAUGGUAUGCUGCAAAAACAUGAUCUUCUUUGGAAGCGGUCAGAAAACCUGUAUUUCUUCUUUCCAAAUGGCUAUAAGGUUUCUUAUUAAACACAGCAAGAAACAAUGGAAUCCCCCAAAAUUAGAACAUACGGCUGUGUGAAAUGGAGCUAAAACUCAUAAAACAAAGGACUUUUUUCUGAAUGUAUGCCAAGUUUGGCUCUUCUGUCUUCCCUUGUGACAUUAUGUAGAUAGGUACUUUGAGAUGUGGCUUAGAAACGUUUUUAUCUAUUCACCAGUUACCACCAAUUAAUUUGCUUCCCUUCAUUUGUGUCCAUAUGUACUGCGAAUAUCAAAAGAGUUUCCUUCAAUCACUAGUAUAUUUUGUUCAGUGAACCACUGGGGUACAAUUUCUUGGCAUGUCAUUGUUACUGGAAUCUCUUGAAAACUGUAAAUAUUUUAACUACGGUGCUGUGAUUGAAAAUGUCACCAGGUUGUACUGGAGCCUUGUGUAUAUGCAGCAUUGUAAAAUGUACAAAGGGGGCCUAAACAGCCCAACAUACAUUGUUUACAAUAAACACUCAUAAAAAUC